CCAGCAGCUACAGGGAUUGAAGUCCUGCUAACUGCUGAGAGCAUACACCGAACUGUGGUCUGUGUAGCAUGUACCUAAAACCUAGUACAGUUUGGAGACUUAGAGAGUUAGAGAGUUCACGGAUGUUGAUAUGUGAUCACCCUGUCCCUCUGGAUCGGUACAAUGAGAGGGUGGAAGAACAUUUACGAUCUACUGGUUUUUACCAUGUGGCCCAAAUUGGAGUAGUCCAAUGUCAGAAAGUACUGAUAAAUGCUCUAGUCGAAAUGUGGCACCCAGACACACAUACCUUUCACCUUCCGGUUGGUGAAUGUGCCGUGACACUGGAAGACGUGGCUAUGAUUCUCGGUCUUCCGACAGACGGUCUUCUAGUCACAGGGAUGACUCUGAGUAGUUUUGAAGCCUUAGAGGUAAAGUGUCUACACCAAUUUGGGGUUGCACCGAGAAAGUCAGACUGUAGAGGAAGAUGCAUAAAACUGACGUGGCUAUGGGAUUUAAAAGCACGGUUACAGUUAACUGAUGAAAAUAGUAUACCGGUGUACGUGAAGUGCCACAUUAUGUUGUUGAUCGGUACGAUCUUGUUUGGAGACAAGUCUAGGGCAUCUGUGCACUGGAAGUUUCUGCCUCUGCUCCGUGAUUUUGCUAGUAUCGGACAGUGCAGUUGGGGAUCAGCAUGCCUAGCAUACCUGUACAGGGCGUUAUGCAGGGCAUCAUGUUUUGACUGUAAGGAAAUCGAUGGUCCGGUAACACUUCUACUCGGUUGGGCUUGGAUUCGCCUACCAUAUCUAGCUCCAGCUCCUAGGGAACCCCGCAGCUUUUCACUUGCAAAUAGGUUUAGACGACAGUUCGGUUUCGUACAGGGUGUUCCUCAUCAGGAACCGAAUCUAGACAAGGAACAUGGAGAAGUCUUGACUGGUCCUAAGAAUCUUAACUGGGCCACAGCCACGACUCAUUCAUUUUGGGUGAUGCAGUGGACAAACAGGUAUAAUCACGUUCUUACUGAGUUUUUCAUGGCUCCACAGCAUCCCUUAGAUAUUUACAUGUACUGGUACCGUUCAAAAUAUGGCAAUCACUUGAACUUGUCGAAUCUUGUGGUUCAAGAGGAUGUUGAGGGUAAUCAGGUUAUGGAUGAUGACAAUCAAGAACAUGAGCCACAAUCACCGCCACCUCCACCUCCACCUCCACCUCUACUUCCACCUCAGUUCUCAAGUCAAUAUGUACCUCAAACACAGUUUACUCCAUCAUUCCCAAUACAUCAGCAGUAUUAG